ACAAAUCUAUUACAUUUAUUGAGGAGAAAUGCCCCACAACUACAUUGUAACCCAGCUGCGUCUGCUGGACAGUUCUCACCAAGACGUGGGCAUCAGUAAACUCAACACAAAUCUAGCCAAUCUGAGUAAUCUAAUGAAGGAACUGAGAAAUAAUAAUCUUGAUUUGUCCGAGAUGGAACAACUCUACAAAGAUUUCCAAGGAGUGCAGUACCGGUUAGAAGGGCAGAAAGAAGGGAUAGGACGUGCUAAAUCACAGGCACUCCAGGAGGCGUCCCCUAAAACUGCUAUACAGAACCUGGGUAAACACUACAAGAUGCUCUACAGAAACGCUCUGGAGAAUGAACCUCAGCAUCAGGGAGUAGCACUACCCGCACCACGACAAGCUGCCAGCGCAGAGGACGAAUCAGCGCACGAGCGACAGCUACAAGACGAGCUUGAAUCGGAAGGAGUUGUGGUUGCAAGCGCUAAAGUGUCCCUCGCUUGUCCCAUAUCUCAGACACGCAUGGUCCACCCCAUGGUUAACGCGCAGUGCGGUCACACCUACGACAGGACAGCGGUUAACGAGCACAUCAGACGAUGUCGCUCACUUACUGUCAAGUGUCCUGUGGCAGGGUGUGUUGGUUUUGUUAACCAGGCCAAUCUUAGACCUAACAAGAAAAUAGCGGAACUUUUGGCACAGGACAGUGGUAGCUGAACAAGGCUUUUAGUGUCCAUCGUUGUUUUUUUUUAAUGUGCAGAACUAACAAGACCGACAGUUGUUGUUUUAAUAUUUCAAUUAUCUUUUAUUUAUUGUUUACUUUUUUUGAUCAAUUUGGACUUUAUUGGACGAUAUUUUAGGGAUUUCAUCAGAGGGUUCGUUUUAUACCUCGUUUUUAAUUUGGUCAUUUUACAUUUAUUCUAAUUUAAUAUUUACCUUUUUCAUAA